UUGACCUCGCCGACGACGAUGGCUGCCAACACGACUGUGACCCACACGUGGACCUUGGACUCGACCGCGCUCUCGGGCCUCAAGCUCAAGCUGCCCGGCAACGGCUUCGUGUCCGUCUCGUCGGACGCCAAGUCGCUCCGCAUCACGACGACGACGAGCUCGCAGGCGGCGCUGGACGCGAUGCUCCUCGCCACGGACGUGAGCACGCCGACGCUGACCGUGUCGACGCCGGGCUUUACGGCGUCGCCGGAGCUCGAGUUCAUCACGCAGGUGCAAGCGCCGCCGGGCCUCUUCAACACUAUCGAGUGCGCCGGUGCCGGCGACUGCAUCGUCGAGCCCGGUGUCCUCUUCACGACCGAAGACGUCACGCUCGCGGCGUCGGGCGCUGGUAGCUUGCUCGUCUCGACGGACGAACUUCUCUUGCGCUACGCCAACAUUGAGGCCUCGGGGUCGGGCGACAUUCAGUGGACCACCGGUCGCUUCGUCGCGCAGGCGGUCAACGUCAACCACCGCGGCAGUGGCGCGAUUGCGUUCGAGACGACGUCCGAGCUGCUUCCCGGUGUCCUCACGACCAAGAUCGCUGGCUCGGGCAGCGCCUUCUACAAGGGCAACCGCUUCGACGCGCCGACGGUCGCAUCGACGAUCUCGGGGGCGGGUAGCAUCAACUUCCUUCCCACGGGCGUCUGUGGCAACCACACGAUCACGAGCACGGGCUCGGGCAACGUUUACGCCGGCGCCAUCGUCUGCGACAACACGGACGUCACGCUCGGCGGCAUCGGCGGUGCGCUUGUCGACGUCUUGAGCACGCUCACGACGACGGUCACGGGCUCCGGCACCGUCGCCUACGUCCACGACGUGCCGGCGACGCUCAACGCGACCAGCGACAAGGCGACGGCGACCAAGGCCGAAACCAACUAUGUCAACUCGUUCAAUCUGCAUGCGACGCCGGAAGAGGUGAUUGCGGCCGUCGGCACGCCGCGCCCGAUCGCGACGCCGGCGCCGAUCGUGACCAACACCAACGGUGGCCACGCGCUCACGGGCGAUACCGACGCCGAUGGCGGGUUCAGCUUCCUCUGGUUCUUCCUCAUCCUUGCCGUCGUCCUCGUCGCGACGCUUGGCUUCUUGAAGCGCUACAUGGACAAGAAGAAGCAGGCUCAGUAUGCCCCCGUCAAGUAAAGCGUUUGCUGUGACCCUGUAAUAAUCCCUACUCGUUACUCGUG